AUGGCGCAGUUACUUCGAGCAGCAGCGAACGGUGAACUUGACAAGGUAAUCGAGUUGCGCAGCCACAUGACCUUCCAAAACAAGAAGGGCGAGUCUGUACUGCACGUGGCUGUGGCUGAAGAUCAACUGGAAAUCGUGCAGUAUCUCGUAGCCAAUGGUGCCGCACUCAAUCUGCAGGAAAAAAAGCGUCGUUUUACGCCGCUGAUGCUGGCGUUGGCUCAACAACCACCGAGAUUUGAAGAAAUUUUCCAGGCUCUGCUCAAAGGCAAACCGGACUUGAGUUUGCAGGACUCGUCGGGUCAGACGGUCGUACACCUGGCAGCAGAGUAUGAGGAAGUGGAGAUGUUGAAGCUACUGCUGAAAGCCAAAGCUAAGGUGGAUAUAGUUGACAACAAGAAGAUGACGGCACUACAUGUUGCUGUUGGAAAGAGGAAUUUUGAAAUUGUCCAGCUGCUGAUUGAAGCGGGAAGUGCUAACGUUAAUGUCGUGGACGGCAAGGGCAACACACCACUGCACUGGGCGUGUAUCAAGAACGGCGAUGACCAGCUCGAGAUGGUCAACUAUUUGAUUGCCAAGGGUGCGAAGCCUCUCAAAAACACUCAUGGAAACACGCCUCUGCACUCGGAGGCAAUGCACUGUGACCCUACUGCAAAUUGGCCCACUGCGGCCGCAGAGGCACUAACUACUGCUUUCCCGAAUUUGAUAACCGAGGUUAGCAGUAUUGGGUUGACUGCCCAGCAAACCUUUGAACAGGACAUUGAUUCAGAAGAGCCGGAGAAGUCGUCACUGGCCGAGCCAUCAAAGAAGGGUGGACUUUGCCCAAGGCGUCACGGCAAGGGUGAGCAUGAUGAGCAGUACCAAGACAACACUGCUGCAGCACGUGCAGCUGCCAUCGCUCACUCCAAAAAACAGGUUUCCAAGAGUACCAAGGAAGGCAGUGGCAUGGCUCCGUACAUGUGGGUUGCCUUGAUUUUUGCCAUUUUGGCUGUCUUGAACGCCAUAUUUUCGUCGUAG